UUAUAUAAGAAUGUUUAAACGAGUAUAUCAGUCUUAAUACAUAUCUUCCUGUUAUUAAGAUCAUAGUAUAACUAUUUUCUGAAACAAAUUAAGUUUUUAUAGUUUUCAUUAUUUUAAGAAGUUUGCUAGAAAUACCGCUGUUGUCUUAAAAACAUGUUUGUCGCAAUCUUUAUUUUUGCGCUUAUGACAGUACAUGUUACCGCAGAAAUACCCUCUUACAUUCAUGUAUGCGGACGCAAAGAUCCUAAUAUUAACCAAUGCAUCAUGGACAACGUCAAAAAUUUAAAGAAUAAAAUCUGUGAUGGGAUGCCGGAACUAAAUAUUGGAUCAAACAAUCCACUUCUUCUUGACAAAGUAGUAAUUUUUGAUACACCCGAAAAUAAAAUAUAUUUUGAAGAUAUUGAAGUAACGGGGCUAUGUGAUUACAUCAUAAACUCCCUUGAUUUUGAUAUCGAUAAGCUCCAUUUCGAUGUUGAUUUAUCAUUUAAACAAAUUCAAAUAAAUGGCACAUAUGAUAUCAAUUUACGUAUAUUGGUUACGCCCAUCGCUCAGAAGGCGAAAGUUUAUUUUACUACAGAUAAUGUAGGAGCAAAAGUAAACGCAGAUUUGAAGAUAGUAACCAAAAAUGACAAAAGAUACGUAUACAUAUCAAAGAUGAAAGUAAAUCUUGACAUCAAAGGAUAUAACAUGGAGUUUGAACAAAGUCAGACCUCAGAAUUAGACCAAAUAAAUCAAAUUGUUAGCAACUUUUUAGGUAAUAAUCAAAAGGAGGUUCUUAGAACAGUUAAGCCGUUUUUGGAAGAGACAAUCACCAAAAUAGUCAUCGAAUUUUCCAAUCGCAUAGUUACACACUUUACUUAUGAGGAGCUCUUCCCUAAUCGCACAUAAUUGCUAUAAAUAUUCUGACACAAGAUACUUAAUAUAAGAGUAUUUUUUACUAAUCAAUUUCCUUUGUUUUAAAAAUAUAUAUUAAAAAUAUACUUUUUAAUAUUAUA